UUCCCUUUCGUUUCGCAUAGGGUUUUUUUGUUGUUGUGUAAUGAUACUCAUUGUCACCACCAACACGCUUUCACUUUACUGAACAACGACUUCAUCUUCACUCUUCCUUCAAAUUUCCAACAAGGGUUCAAGGGUAUUAUGCUUGCUGGAUUCAUUCUCUUGCUGAAAUGCAGUCUUUCUAGAAAGUUUGUUCAACUGUCCCUUUAUUGGCGUUAGCUAUGCUACCUACUGGAGCAAAAGAGACCCAAUUACGUGAGAACAACAGCCAGAAGGUCCAUCCUCAACCAAUGGAAGAGGCCAUGAAUCAGAAUCCAGAAGCAAUGGAAACCCUAAUAUCUAAAGUUUUUACAAAUAUCUCUUCCUUGAAGUCAGCUUAUAUCCAGCUUCAAGCUGCUCAUACUCCCUACGACCCUGAUAAAAUCCACACUGCUGAUAAACUUGUUAUUAGUGAGCUGAAAAAUCUGUCUGAACUCAAGCAUUUCUACAGGGAGAACAACCCGAAACCAGUGUGUGUUUCUCCCCAAGACUCACGUUUAGCUGCAGAAAUUCAAGAACAACAGAGCCUUCUUAAAACGUAUGAGGUCAUGGUGAAGAAAUUCCAAUCUGAAAUCCAGAAUAAAGAUUCAGAGAUCCAUCAAUUGCAGCAGCAGAUCGAAGAGGCUAGACAGAAGCGAGCAAAACUAGAGAAAAAUCUGAAGCUUAGAGGUUUGUCAACCAAAGAAUCGGAAGAUGAAAUUGGCUUUUUCCCUGUCGAUCUAACUCCAGAUCUCUUCACCUCUGCCGUGGAAGCAGCUGCAAAAGCCAUUCAUGAUUUUUCUAAACCUUUGAUCAACAUGAUGAAAGCAGCUGGGUGGGACCUUGAUGCUGCUGCCAACUCAAUCGAACCUGAUGUUGUUUAUGCAAAGAGAGCUCAUAAGAAAUAUGCAUUUGAGUUUUACAUAUGCCAAAGAAUGUUCAGUGGCUUUGAGCAGGAAAACUUCUCUGUCAAAUCAGACAAUAUUACUGUAACUAAAGAGAGCUUCUUUCACCAGUUUCUCGCAUUAAGAGAGAUGGAUCCCUUGGACAUGCUGGGGCAAAAUCCAGAUUCCAUUUUUGGGAAAUUUUGCAGGAGCAAAUACUUGGUGGUAGUUCAUCCAAAGAUGGAGGCAUCAUUCUUCGGAAAUUUAGACCAGCGAAAUUAUGUGAUGGGUGGAGGGCAUCCAAGGACCCCUUUUUACCAGGCUUUUCUUAAACUGACCAAGUCAAUUUGGCUUUUACACAGGUUGGCUUAUUCUUUCGAGCCAAAUGUCAAGGUAUUUCAGGUUAAAGGAGGGAGUGAGUUCUCUGAUGUUUAUAUGGAAAGUGUGGUCAAGAAUUUGAUAAUGGAUGACAAUGAUGAAAAACCUAAAGUUGGUUUGAUGGUUAUGCCUGGAUUUUGGAUUGGGGGAAGUGUGAUUCAGAGUAAAGUCUAUCUCUCUGGUAUGAAGGUGGCUGAAUGAUUCCUGAACACACUCAAGACUUCAGAAAAUGCAUAGUUGAUUGUAUGUGGUUUGUUUGAAUUGUUGUUUCUUUAUCUUGUAAGAUAAUGCUGCUGUCUGUAAUUUUUAAUAUCCUUUUUAGUGGUUGUAAGAGUAAAUGAGCCCUUUAUCCUUGUUUACAUUCAAGGCCCCUCUUGUAUUGUGAAAAUAUCCUGCACUUGAAUUCUAGUGUUUGUGGGAGAGGGGAAUAGGAAGGUAUAUAACAAAUGUUCCUUAAUUUAGGAGUUUCAAUGCUUUGGGGAGAAGCAAUGUUCUGGUGUAUGAGUUUUCCACAGUUGAGGGCACUAAACUAAUCAACAAGUGAUGCAUUUUCACUUAAAAGUA